AUGGCACCUCCUUUAAUACCGAAGCCCAUCGAGCGCCGGCAGGCGAAUGUAGCCAACCCACGGGCGCCACAGUCCGAAGACUCGCCAUCACCAACUCUCCCAGCCAGACCGAAUCCCACCGAUGACCGACAAGAUGGCCCCUCAUCAGCACCCACCAGAAUUCUCAGGCCUUCCGGCAGUACUACUCCCACUCCCACGCCUACGCCUACUCAAAGCUCUAGUGCAAAUAACCGAAACAAUGGUUUAAAUAUGACAAAUACUCAAUCUGGCAUCGUAAUUACCAUCGUCGUCAUAAUCGGUGUCAUAAUCCUCGCCUUCCUAAGUUAUAUAAUCCUAAAAUCAAUCCGUCUACGCUAUAAAGACCCAAAAUAUCUACCAGGUUCCUUCCUGAAAAAGAAAUGGCAAAAUUGGGAUGUAAUGGGCUACCAAGCCGCCGGUGGGAACAAUUCUUCGGGCAGGCCUCAAAACCAAGCACGUAUCAACCGUGUGGCUCGAUCUCGUGCAAAUAUCGAGGCAAAUCGAGCGCUAGAUCGGCAAAAUAGCGUUAGGAGUGUGAUUACCCUCCCACCGUACCGUGAAAUGGCAGAGAUGGAUUUGGAACGCACGAUCGGAAGAGAAGGUGAACGUGAGGGACUCGAUACUAUCGUUCAACUUCCCGAAACAGCAGAUGAGGAAGAAGAUCGCAGAGAAGAAAGAAUGCAGGCCAUGUACGAACUCCGACUCCAACGACGAGCACAACGGGCUGCAAGAGAAUCCAGAUCUGGAAAUGGUAGCGUAACAACACUUGGAAACGAUGGAAACAACAAUGGAAACGGAUCUUCGGUUUCUCUGACAGCUAUGGAUAUGGAAGCCGGAGGAAGUGGACGGACGGCAAGUGAACUUACCGCAGCUAUAUUAAACGACCGAACACGGCGGCUUUCUGAAGUUUCGUACGCAGAUGUCGGAUACGCGAGACAUGAUGGCAGUCGUGUGAGAUCUACGUCCACAAACAGGAAUAACGGUCCAUCAUCGGAUUCCCAACCUUUACUCGCCGACAACGCUACUGCCGGUACUGGUAGACGCUCGCGUGCAGGCUCAAUGUUGUCGUUGAACACCAAUGUCACAGACGGCCGAGGAAGUAUGGACCGGAGAGAUUCGGCUGAAUUGCUCACGGGCGCGGAUAUCGGCGAGACAAGGUUGCCGCCGAGUUACGAUGGAUUGGAUUGGGGUGAUGCACCGCCUUAUAUGAGCCCCAUUAGCCCACCAACGAGAAACGAGAGCGCAGCGACUAGGAGGAGACCUGUACCCGGCCAAUCGGCCGAGCAGCCGGGGAAUCUGAAUGUACCGUUGGUAAGAGUUAUCGGGGCGAGUAAUCCUAGCAGUCCGAUGAGUCCGAGAGGACCGGGACAGUUGUAG